UGACAAUCAAUCAAGCCCAUACAUGAUUUAUUGUAGUCCCACAUUUAAAAGGACUUUGGGACUGAAAAUUUGUGCAGUUAGUGAUUUUAACUGAAAAGUAGCUAAAGAUGUACCGUCUUCUAGCCGUCGCGAUUUUGGCAACCUUACCGCUAUCGGAGCAAGUUGCCAGGUUUGAUAAUUAUAAAGUGUACAGAAUUAUUCCUGAUAAUGAACAGCAAACCGAAAUUCUUGCUCAGUUGGGGUCAUCAGACGCAUAUUCUAUUUGGAGUUUUGGACGCGAUGGAAGACCUAUCGACAUAAUGGUACCGCCACAUAUGAACGGCGAAUUCACAGAACUAAUCGAGUCUCAGGGUAUGAAAGCUUCUGUUUUUAUUGAAAACGUCCAAGAGAGAAUUGACACGGAAAAUCCCCUAACCGCUGAUAGAGCAAACAGUAGACUUGGAUGGACUUCAUAUCAUCGUCUGAAUGUGAUUUAUGAUUGGUUAAGAUCCUUGGAAUCUGAAUAUCCCGAAUACGUUCAAGUGGUGAAAGGAGGUGAAACUUACUUGGGGCGCGACAUUCUGGGUGUUCAUGUUUCAUUUUCUCCCAGCAAUAGAAAUAGGGCAGUAUUUCUAGAAGGCGGUAUGCACGCACGCGAAUGGAUUUCUCCUGCGACGGUCACUUACAUCCUCAACGAACUUUUAACUAGUACCGAUCCUGAGGUACGCGCGAUUGCCGAUAGUCACGACUGGUACGUUUUCCCAAAUUCGAAUCCAGAUGGUUAUGAAUACACACACACCAAUAACAGGCUAUGGAGGAAAACCCGUACACGAUACACUGCUAUGUGCUACGGUGCUGACCCCAACCGUAAUUGGGCUUUCGAAUGGGGCAAUGGAGGCGUUAGUUUUUCGCCAUGUUCAGAGACAUACGCUGGCGCAGGUGCCUUUUCCGAAAUUGAAACACAAACAUUUUCCACAUACAUCAGCUCUAUCGUUUCCCAUCUAAGAGCUUACAUUAGCAUCCAUUCCUAUUCUCAACUUUUACUGCUUCCUUACGGAGUCACAGGAAUCGGAAAACCGAGCAAUUAUAAUCAAUUGCUUACCAUCGGCCGAAGAGCUGCAACAGCUUUAAAGAGAAGAUAUGGCACGGAAUAUACUGUUGGUAAUCUAGCUGAGGUUUUGUACGUUGCAAGCGGAAGCAGUUUCGAUUGGGUGAAAGGUACCCACAAUGUGAAUUUGACUUUCGCAUUUGAACUUAGAGAUACAGGACGUUACGGAUUCGUUUUACCAGCUAGUCAAAUUAUUCCUACUGCUGAAGAAACGUUGGACGCCGUUCUUGAAAUUCUCAAAGAUUGAAUGCAAUAACAGAAAUAAUUAUUGAUAUUUGUAGCUAUUGUUGCAAAACCAAAAUAAAAUAAUGCAAAUUAAUACAA